AUGAGCCCUUCACAGUUACUUAGCCGGUUUCCUUGGGCGGCGAGUCCCCUCAUUAGCAAUGCACCGAUGCUCGGAAUAGCCACACCUCGCAUGACUGCCGAAGUCACCAAGGCUGGUGGUCUUGGCUUUCUCCCUUGUGUGGCCUUCAUUGAACCCGACUCGGAGCAUGUCAACAGGCUUGCGGAUCACUUUGAUGAGGUGCGGGCCCUCCUUGGGGCUGAUCGUUCAUCUGAUUGCACACUCCCAGUUGGUGCAAGCUUCAUAACUAGUCAUAGCUCUAUAAGCCACUUCGAGGAGACGGCGCUGCCGCUCAUAGCCAAGAAUCGUCCAGCAGCGGUAUGGCUCUUUGCUCCGGAUGGUGAUCUUAAGCCUCACAGCAAGAUUAUCCCUAGCCUCAAGAGACUCGAGCAUCCUCCUGUUGUGUUUGUGCAGGUCGGAAACGUGUCCGUAGCGCGAGAGGCAGUGAAAGAUGGUGCAGAUGUACUCGUAACUCAGGGUGUUGAUGCUGGUGGCCACCAAUUUCGUCAAGGCUCGGGUAUCGUGAGCUUGGUCCCGGAAGUGAGUGAUAUGCUGAACAGAGAGUUCCCCGAUAGAGGUAUAUCUAUUGUGGCUGCGGGAGGUAUUGCUGAUGGGAGAGGCGUCGCUGGUGCUUUGGCUCUGGGCGCUGAGGGUGUCGUGAUGGGAACCAAGUUCACUAUCACGCCUGAGUCAAACUAUCCGGAGAUCCGAAAGCAAAAGGUUCUUGAGGCUGUAGACGGGGGUGUAUCCACGUUCAAGUCUACCUUCCAUGACAGGAUAACCAACAGCCCGCUCUGGGGACCUCUUUAUGACGGACGUGCCAUCGUUGGUCCUAUCCACGAGAAGUUUAUCGCAGGAGCGAGUCUGGAAGAGUGUCAGCAAAGUCUCAAGGAAGAUUAUGACGAAGAAGAAGCUCGCUAUAUUAUCAGUACUUGGGCUGGAACUGGAGUUGGGCUUAUUAACAAAGUACAGCCCGCAGGCGAAAUUGUUCGCGAGGUUCGCGAGGAGGCCAAACGUGAGAUACAAAGAGCAGCUGGCUUGGUCUAA